AAACGUUGAUGCUUACGGUCUCGGAUCAAUCACUGUUUACUAGCAUCGUCUGACUCCAAAUGGCGGCGUCCAUAUCAGGGAAAAAGUGCAGACUGAAAUGACUAAAUUCCACUGGAGUCGGCAGAAUAUGGACCCUUUCACGUUCCUGAAGAUGCUCCACUAGCUACCACGGUAACGUCUGUAUUGGCCAGGGAUGCAGAUGUUCGCGGUGGAGACAGCUGGCAGGUGGACUACCGUCUGGAGUCUGGAAACGAGGAGGAAGUCUUCACCUUGGUGACGGACAAGCAGACCAAUGAAGUGUCGCUGGUGCUUUCCAAGGUUCUAGACUUUGAGCGUGAGAGUGAGUACAUUUUGGUGCUCAGCGCCCAGAAUCCCGUUCCUCUGGUCCGGGGCAGAUAUGGACCAGCGUCCACAGCGACAGUCUCAAUAUAUGUUGAUGACGUAAACGAGGGCCCGAUCCUGUCUCAAAGUCACUAUGAGGUGACUGUCAGAGAGGGGGAGGAACCAGGACGCGUCAUUGCCACCAUCAGAGGUUACGAUCCAGAUUCUCACCCAAUAAGAUAUUCUCUUCAAGGGGACACCAAGAAAUAUUUCUCGAUAGGGAAAUAUUCAGGUGAGCUAAAGACUGUACAAGCCUUGGACAGAGAGGAAAACAGCACCUACACAAUGGAAGUAAUUGCUGUGGAUGGACGAAACUCUUCUUUGUCGGCCUCUACUCUGGUAACUGUCCAAAUCCUGGAUGUGAAUGACAACAGUCCCGUGCUGGUUGGAGACUAUUCCUGGAAGUACCUGUGCACGCCUCGGUGGGAGGACCAAGCUUUGGUGCUGGCUUCACGUGACAGUGAUGGACCUCAGCAUGGAGGCCGGCUUAAUUUCUCUCUGCGUAGUGAUGCCACAGUUCGACGUAACUGGAAGCUUACGCCCAUUAAUGAUACGCACACCAACCUGUCAUUAAACAUCCCGUACUUGGCCCCAGAGGUCUACACUGUGCCCUUCACCAUCUCUGACAGCAGCUCACCUCCCAGAAGCACCUUCAUUAACCUGCCAGUGACAGUGUGUACCUGCAAUGUCAGAGGAAACUGCAAAAUAGCUGCCAAGCCUUUGGAGGGCAUGCCGACCAUUCAGUCUGCAGUGGGGAUUCUGCUUGGCACCUUUGCAGUCAUCGGAACCAUCCUCAUCAUAAUCUUUGUAAGACUGUCUUACCAGAAUCCCAAAGACUCAAAAGAAACUAACCAGGAAAGAGCUCCCUUGAAGAUUUAAUUCUGAUUAGGUUGAUCACUGUGUGUUGCUUUCAUUCUGCAUCAGUAAAAAUACAUUGCUUUCAGUUUACAGUAAUUGACUAAAAUGUAUACGUAUCAAUCAUUUAGUCAAAGUAUAAAUAAAUAGAGACAUUUAGAUGUAAAUUCAA